AUGGCCCAGCUCAGUCAACGAUGUAACGUCAGCAUCCUCAACUGGCUUGAGCAGGUUGUUCCGCCCUGUCCCCAUCUACCUUCCCUAAACUUGCCCUCCGUCUCCAUUUCGCCAACCAACAAGCGCAAACGAGCGAGGUCCGCCGCCAUCGCCAAUUGCCACUCCCUCGCCUCUCCACCCCUUUGGACGACCUAUCCACCUCUAUCGACGAGCGCCACAUAUAACGUCAAUACUAGGACCCCGACGGGGAAGAAGCGUCGGACGACUGCGACGGAAGACCAAGACGCAACCUUUGACCAGGAAGCCACGCCGCGACAACGAGGAGAACACCCUCCGUCCGCAAUACUUGCCCCUCCCCGGCUCUGCUUUACUCCUCAACCACAAGUAUGGGAGCCGACUGGCAGCGUGCAGUCGGCGACGAGCUCUGGCGUCUCUACAAGAUCAGGUCAGACUUCUCCAACUAAGGAACUGGCGAGGCUUGCUCUAGGUCCCGGUGCACUUGUAACGUACCCUUUGUCGCGGACACAGUCGCUGCCGCCGAAGCUGCUUGCUAUGCUCGAAAUAAUGGAAGACAUUGAGAGUGGCGUCGGCAUCUUCCCAGAGCGGUUAAAGGAUUCCAUUAGUAAAGAAACUGAAACCGGCCGCCUCCCACGCAUACCCCAUCACAUGUUUGCUGAGAACGAGACGCGUGAUUUAUUAGGCCCGACCCCGUCCGUCUCGGACGUGAUGGACAUUGUGGAGGACGCAAGUCGCUGCGUUUCGACGGGCCAAUACGAAGAUGGGUGGAUAUGCGGUGUUCAUUUCCCACUCCUGCGUCUUGCUCUCAGCGGGAAACGAGGGGUUGUCAACGACCUGUUGGACGUGCGCAUCACAACUCACGCCAAAGCUAUUCGUAUGUAUAGCUCUUUCGCAAGCCAGAAGCUGAGGAUGGUAGAUUUGUGUCUUGUCGCGUGUCCAUCCAACCUCCACCCAGCUGAUCCAACCACUAUCGCUGCGGCAGCGGCUGUCGAGACUUUGCGCAAAAGUCUUCCCAGCUCGUCCAUCAACCACAGCGACGCCCCCCCGCUCCUAGAUGCCCCAGUCGCAAUCAGCAUCGAGGUCAAAACGACUGGUGGUGAUGAACAGCGGCAGUCACUUCAAGUCGGCAUAUGGCAGGCCGCACAAUGGAACAUGUGGUCGCAGCUACUGGAAGGCCGACUUUUGCAAAAAUACACGACGGCAGUCAGAACAGCGCCUUCCGAACCUUCGGCAGGCGAUGGGGGGAACGGUCAAGAUGGUGCAAACGACGUGUUAAAAAGAAUCUCGGAGCAUGCCAUGGCCGAGUCGGAUCGCCUACUCUGCACACUCCCAUACCUCCCUGCGAUAUUCAUCCGUGGCCACUCGUGGUAUCUGGCUGGUACCUCCCGUCAAGGCGAAAAGACAAUUCUAUGGAGAGAAUAUCCUAUUGGGACGACCCAGAGCGUCGUGGGAACCUACAAAAUCAUAUACGGACUGCAAAACUUGUUUCAAUAUAUCCGCAACACAUUUUGGCCCUGGUAUCUUCGAGUCAUUCUAGAGAUAGAACCAAAUGACCCGCUAUAG